GCCGUCGCCACCGCCUCCUCCUUGCCGUCCUCUUCUUCCUGGGCCCCAGCGUCGCGGGCCGCGCACGGCCCUGGAGGAGACGUCGCCUCCCCUUCCCCCGCCUCCCCCGCGCCUCUCGACUCCCGCCUCCUCGCCCUGUGCUGCGGGCUCAGGCGGAACCCGGAACGGCCGUCCGCCUCCCCCGCCCUCCGCCGCCUCCUCCUCGGCUUCUUCUUCAGCGCCGGGCCGGAGCAGAGUGUCGGCGGCGGCCGGUUCAGGCGGCGACUCGCGCUUCUUCGGGCGGCGGCGCUUGGCCAUGUCGUGUCGGGGAAGGUAAUGAGCCGCAGAGCCCCGGGGUCUCGGUUGAGCAGCGGCGGCGGCGGCGGCGGCACCAAGUACCCGCGGAGCUGGAAUGACUGGCAACCCAGAACUGAUAGUGUAUCAGCCGACGCAGAUAAUUUAAAAUAUUCUUCAUCCAGAGAUAGAGGUGUGUCUUCCUCUUAUGGACUGCAGCCUUCAAAUUCAGCUGUGGUGUCCCGGCAAAGACACGAUGAUACCAGAGUCCACACUGACAUACAGAAUGACGAAAAGGGUGGCUACAGUGUCAAUGGAGGAUCUGGGGAAAAUACUUAUGGUCGGAAGUCGUUGGGGCAAGAGCUGAGGGUUAACAAUGUGACCAGCCCUGAGUUCACCAGUGUUCAGCAUGGCAGUCGUGCGUUAGCCAUCAAAGACAUGAGGAAAUCACAGGAGAGAUCGAUGUCUUACUCUGAUGAGUCUCGACUGUCGAAUCUUCUUCGGAGGAUUACCCGGGAAGACGACAGAGACCGAAGACUGGCUACUGUAAAGCAGUUGAAAGAAUUUAUUCAGCAACCAGAGAACAAACUGGUACUAGUUAAACAAUUGGAUAAUAUCUUGGCUGCUGUACAUGAUGUGCUUAAUGAAAGCAGCAAAUUGCUUCAGGAGUUGAGACAGGAGGGAGCUUGCUGUCUUGGCCUUCUUUGUGCUUCUCUGAGCUAUGAGGCUGAGAAGAUCUUCAAAUGGAUUUUUAACAAAUUUACCUCAUCUGCAAAGGAUGAGGUUAAACUUCUCUACUUAUGUGCCACCUACAAAGCACUAGAGACUGUAGGAGAAAAGAAAGCCUUUUCAUCUGUAAUGCAGCUUGUAAUGACCAGCCUACAGUCCAUACUUGAGAAUGUGGAUACACCAGAAUUACUUUGCAAAUGUGUUAAGUGCAUUCUAUUAGUGGCUCGAUGCUAUCCUCAUAUUUUCAGCACUAACUUUAGGGAUACAGUUGAUAUACUAGUUGGAUGGCAUAUAGAUCAUACUCAGAAACCUUCCCUCACACAGCAGGUAUCUGGGUGGUUGCAGAGUUUGGAGCCAUUUUGGGUAGCUGAUUUAGCUUUUUCUACCACUCUUCUUGGUCAGUUUCUAGAAGACAUGGAGGCUUAUGCUGAGGAUCUCAGUCAUGUAGCCUCUGGAGAGUCAGUAGAUGAAGACGUUCCACCACCGUCUGUGUCCUUACCAAAGCUGGCAGCACUUCUCCGGGUAUUCAGUACUGUGGUGAGGAGCAUUGGGGAACGCUUCAGCCCAAUUCGAGGCCCCCCAAUUACUGAGGCAUAUGUGACAGAUGUCCUAUACAGAGUAAUGAGAUGUGUGACGGCUGCAAACCAAGUGUUUUUUUCUGAGGCUGUAUUGACAGCUGCUAAUGAGUGUGUUGGUGUUUUGCUCGGCAGCUUGGAUCCUAGCAUGACUAUACAUUGUGACAUGGUCAUUACAUAUGGAUUAGAUCAACUGGAGAAUUGCCAGACUUGUGGUACAGAUUAUAUCAUCUCAGUCUUGAAUUUACUCACAUUGAUUGUUGAACAGAUAAAUACAAAACUGCCAUCAUCAUUUGUAGAAAAAUUGUUUAUACCAUCAUCAAAACUACUUUUUUUGCGUUAUCAUAAAGAAAAAGAGGUUGUUGCUGUUGCCCAUGCUGUUUAUCAAGCAGUGCUAAGCCUGAAGAAUAUUCCCGUUUUGGAAACUGCAUAUAAGUUAAUUUUGGGAGAAAUGACUUGUGCUCUAAACAACCUGCUCCAUAGCCUACAGCUUCCUGAUGCCUGUUCUGAAAUAAAACACGAGGCUUUUAAAAAUCAUGUAUUUAAUGUGGACAAUGCAAAAUUUGUGGUUAUAUUUGACCUCAGUGCACUGACUACAAUUGGAAAUGCCAAAAAUUCAUUGAUUGGGAUGUGGGCACUAUCUCCAACAGUCUUUGCGCUCCUGAGUAAGAACCUGAUGAUUGUGCACAGUGACUUGGCUGUCCACUUUCCUGCCAUUCAGUAUGCAGUGCUCUACACAUUGUAUUCACAUUGUACCAGGCAUGAUCACUUUAUAUCUAGUAGUCUUAGUUCUUCAUCCCCAUCUUUGUUUGAUGGAGCCGUGAUUAGUACUGUAACUACAGCUACCAAAAAACAUUUCUCAAUUAUAUUAAACCUCCUGGGAAUAUUGCUUAAGAAAGACAAUCUUAACCAAGACACAAGAAAAUUGUUAAUGACUUGGGCUUUAGAAGUGGCUGUUUUGAUGAAGAAAUCGGAAACAUAUGCACCUUUAUUUUCUCUUCCAUCUUUUCACAAAUUUUGCAAAGGCCUCUUAGCCAACACUCUUGUAGAAGAUGUGAACAUCUGCCUUCAGGCAUGCAGUAGUCUACAUGCUUUGUCCUCUUCUUUGCCAGAUGACCUUUUACAGAGAUGUGUUGAUGUUUGCCGUGUCCAACUAGUACAUAGUGGAACUCGUAUUCGACAAGCAUUUGGAAAGCUAUUGAAGUCAAUUCCUUUAGAUGUUGUCUUGAGUAACAAUAAUCACACAGAAAUUCAAGAAAUUUCUUUAGCAUUAAGAAGUCAUAUGAGUAAAGCACCAAGUAACACAUUCCACCCACAAGAUUUCUCUGAUGUUAUUAGUUUCAUUUUAUAUGGGAACUCUCACAGAACAGGGAAGGACAAUUGGUUAGAAAGAUUAUUCUAUAGCUGCCAGAGACUGGAUAAGCGUGACCAAUCAACAAUACCCCGCAAUCUGCUAAAGACAGAUGCUGUCCUCUGGCAGUGGGCUAUUUGGGAAGCAGCACAAUUCACUGUCCUUUCUAAGUUGAGAACACCACUGGGAAGAGCGCAAGAUACUUUCCAGACAAUUGAAGGUAUCAUUAGAAGCCUAGCAGCUCACACCUUAAAUCCUGAUCAGGAUGUUAGCCAAUGGACAACUGCAGACAAUGAUGAAGGACACAGUAGCAACCAACUUAGACUUAUUCUUCUUCUGCAAUAUCUGGAAAACCUGGAGAAAUUAAUGUAUAAUGCAUAUGAGGGAUGUGCUAAUGCAUUAACAUCACCUCCUAAGGUCAUUAGGACUUUUUUCUACACCAAUCGCCAAACUUGUCAAGACUGGCUGACUCGAAUACGACUUUCAAUUAUGAGGGUUGGAUUAUUGGCAGGCCAGCCUGCGGUGACAGUGAGACAUGGCUUUGACUUGCUUACAGAAAUGAAGACAAAUUUAUCUCAGGGAAGUGAAUUAGAAGUAACCAUCAUGAUGGUGGUAGAAGCACUGUGUGAACUUCAUUGUCCUGAAGCUAUCCAGGGAAUUGCUGUCUGGUCAUCUUCAGUUAUUGGGAAAAAUCUUCUUUGGAUUAACUCAGUGGCCCAACAGGCUGAAGGGAGGUUUGAAAAGGCCUCUGUGGAGUACCAGGAGCACCUGUGUGCUAUGACAGGAAUUGAUUGCUGCAUCUCUAGCUUUGACAAAUCUGUUCUCACUUUGGCCAAUGCUGGCCGUAAUAGCGCCAGCCCCAAGCAUUCUAUGAAUGGUGAAUCCAGGAAAACUGUAUUGUCCAAACCAAGUGACUCCUCCCCUGAAGUCAUAAAUUAUUUGGGAAAUAAAGCGUGUGAGUGCUACAUCUCAAUUGCUGAUUGGGCUGCUGUUCAGGAAUGGCAGAAUGCUAUCCACGACUUGAAAAAGAGUACCAGUAGUACUUCACUCAAUCUAAAAGCUGAUUUCAACUACAUAAAAUCACUAAGCAGUUUUGAAUCUGGAGAAUUUGUUGAAUGCACUGAGCAGUUAGAAUUGUUACCAGGAGAAAAUAUCAGUCUGCUCGCUGGAGGAUCAAAAGAAAAAAUAGAUAUGAAGAAACUGCUUCCUAACAUGCUGAGUCCAGAUCCCAGAGAACUUCAGAAGUCCAUUGAAGUUCAGUUGUUGAGAAGUUCUGUUUGUUUGGCAACUGCUUUAAACCAUAUAGAACAAGAUCAGAAGUGGCAGUCUAUUACAGAAAAUGUGGUAAAGUACUUGAAGCAAACUUCCCGCAUAGCUAUUGGACCACUGAGACUUUCUACGUUGACAGUUUCGCAGUCUUUGCCAGUACUAAGUACCUUACAGCUGUAUUGCUCUUCUGCUUUGGAGAAUACAGUUUCUAAUCGACUUUCAACAGAGGACUGUCUUAUUCCACUCUUCAGUGAAGCUUUACGUUCAUGUAAACAGCAUGAUGUGAGGCCAUGGAUGCAGGCAUUAAGAUAUACUAUGUACCAGAGUCAGUUGUUGGAAAAAAUAAAAGAACAAACAAUUCCAAUUAGAAGCCAUCUCAUGGAAUUAGGUUUAACAGCUGCAAAGUUUGCUAGAAAACGGGGGAAUGUGUCACUUGCAACAAGACUACUGGCACAAUGUAGUGAGGUUCAACUGGGAAAGACUACCACUGCACAAGACUUAGUCCAACAUUUUAAGAAACUAUCAACGCAAGGCCAAGUGGAUGAAAAAUGGGGACCUGAACUUGAUAUUGAGAAAACCAAAUUGCUGUAUACUGCAGGUCAGUCAACACAUGCAAUGGAAAUGUUGAGCUCAUGUGCCAUAUCUUUCUGCAAGUCAGCCAAAGCUGAAUGUGCAGUUGCUAAAUCAAUUCUAACGCUGGCUAAAUGGAUCCAGGCAGAAUGGAAAGAAAUUUCAGGGCAGUUAAAACAAGUUUACAGAGCUCAGCAACAGCAGAAUGUCACCAGUCUAUCUACUUUGUCAAAAAAUAUUCUCACUUUAAUAGAACUGCCAUCAGUUAACACAACGGAAGAAGAGUAUCCUCGGAUUGAGAGUGAAUCUACAGUACAUAUUGGAGUUGGAGAACCUGACUUCAUUUUGGGACAGUUGUAUCACCUGUCUUCAGUACAGGCCCCCGAAGUAGCCAAAUCUUGGGCAGCAUUGGCUAGUUGGGCAUAUAGGUGGGGCAGGAAAGUGGUUGACAAUGCCAGUCAGGGUGAAGGUGUUCGUCUACUUCCUAGAGAAAAAUCUGAAGUUCAGAAUCUGCUUCCAGACACUAUAACUGAAGAAGAAAAAGAGAGAAUUUAUGGUAUUCUUGGACAAGCUGUGUGUAGACCUGCUGGGAUUCAGGACGAAGAUAUAACACUUCAGAUAACAGAAAAUGAAGACAAUGAAGAAGAUGAUAUGGUUGAUGUUAUAUGGCGCCAGUUAAUAUCAAGCUGUCCAUGGCUUUCAGAGCUAGAUGAAAACGCCACAGAAGGAGUUAUUAAAGUGUGGAGGAAAGUUGUAGAUAGAAUAUUCAGCCUCUACAAGUUGUCUUGCAGUGCAUAUUUUACUUUCCUUAAACUCAAUGCCGGCCAGAUUCCUUUAGAUGAAGAUGACCCUAGGCUACAUUUAAGUAAUAGAGUGGAGCAGAGCACUGAUGAUGUGAUUGUCAUGGCCACAUUGAGGCUGCUCAGAUUGCUGGUGAAACAUGCUGGUGAACUUCGGCAGUUUCUGGAACAUGGUUUGGAAACAACACCUACUGCUCCAUGGAGAGGAAUUAUUCCACAACUUUUCUCACGCUUAAACCACCCUGAAGUAUACGUGCGCCAGAGUAUUUGUAACCUUCUCUGCCGUGUGGCUCAAGAUUCCCCACAUCUCAUCCUAUACCCUGCAAUAGUGGGCACCAUAUCACUUAGUAGUGAAUCUCAGGCUUCAGGAAAUAAAUUUUCCUCUGCAAUUCCAACUUUACUUGGCAAUAUUCAAGGAGAAGAGUUGUUAGCUUCUGAGUGUGAGGGAGGAAGUCCUCCUGCUUCUCAGGAUAGCAAUAAGGAUGAGCCUAAAAGUGGAUUAAAUGAAGAUCAAGCCAUGAUGCAGGAUUGCUACACCAAAAUUGUGGAUAAGCUAUCUUCUGCAAAUCCUACAAUGGUGUUACAGGUUCAGAUGCUGGUGGCUGAGUUGCGCAGAGUUACCGUUCUCUGGGAUGAGCUCUGGUUGGGAGUUCUGUUACAGCAACACAUGUAUGUCCUGAGACGAAUUCAGCAACUUGAAGAUGAGGUGAAGAGAGUCCAGAACAAUAACACUUUACGCAAAGAAGAGAAAAUUGCAAUCAUGCGAGAGAAACACACAGCUUUGAUGAAGCCCAUUGUGUUUGCUUUGGAGCAUGUAAAGUGCAUCACAGCAGCCCCUGCAGAAACCCCCCAUGAAAAGUGGUUUCAGGACAACUACGGUGAUGCAAUUGAAAAUGCCUUAGAAAAACUGAAGACACCAUCAAAUCCUGCAAAGCCUGGAAGCAGUUGGAUUCCAUUUAAAGAGAUAAUGUUGAGUUUACAACAGAGAGCACAAAAGCGUGCAAGUUACAUCUUGCGUUUGGAAGAAAUCAGUCCAUGGUUGGCUGCCAUGACUAACACUGAAAUUGCUCUUCCUGGAGAAGUCUCAGCCAGAGACACUGUCACAAUCUACAGUGUGGGUGGAACCAUCACUAUCUUACCUACCAAAACCAAGCCAAAGAAACUUCUCUUUCUGGGCUCAGAUGGGAAGAGCUAUCCUUAUCUUUUCAAAGGACUAGAAGAUUUACAUCUAGAUGAAAGAAUAAUGCAAUUCCUGUCAAUUGUGAAUACCAUGUUUGCUACAAUUAAUCGCCAGGAAACACCUCGUUUCCAUGCUAGACACUAUUCUGUAACACCUCUUGGAACACGAUCAGGACUGAUUCAGUGGGUAGAUGGAGCCACACCCCUGUUUGGGCUUUAUAAACGAUGGCAACAACGGGAAGCUGCUUUACAAGCACAAAAGGCUCAAGAUUCCUACCAAACUCCUCAGAACCCUGGAAUUGUUCCCCGGCCUAGUGAACUUUAUUAUAGUAAGAUUGGUCCUGCCUUGAAAGCAGUUGGACUAAGUCUGGAUGUAUCCCGACGGGAUUGGCCUCUUCAUGUGAUGAAGACGGUAUUAGAAGAGUUAAUGGAGGCAACGCCACCAAAUCUCCUUGCCAAAGAACUUUGGUCAUCUUGUACCACUCCUGAUGAAUGGUGGAGAGUUACACAGUCUUAUGCCCGAUCUACGGCAGUCAUGUCUAUGGUUGGAUACAUAAUUGGCCUUGGAGAUAGACAUCUGGAUAAUGUUCUCAUAGAUAUGACAACUGGAGAGGUUGUUCACAUAGAUUACAAUGUUUGCUUUGAAAAAGGUAAAAGCCUUAGAGUUCCUGAGAAAGUACCUUUUCGAAUGACACAGAACAUUGAAACAGCACUGGGUGUAACUGGAGUAGAAGGUGUUUUUAGGCUUUCUUGUGAGCAGGUUCUGCACAUUAUGCGUCGUGGUAGAGAGACUCUGCUGACACUACUGGAGGCCUUUGUAUAUGACCCAUUGGUGGAUUGGACUGCUGGGGGUGAGGCUGGGUUUGCUGGUGCUGUCUAUGGUGGAGGCGGCCAACAGGCGGAGAACAAACAGAACAAGAGAGAGAUGGAACGGGAGAUCACCCGCAGCCUGUUUUCUUCCAGAGUAGCUGAAAUUAAGGUGAAUUGGUUUAAGAACAGGGAUGAGAUGCUGGUUGUACUUCCCAAACUGGACAGUAGCUUAGAUGAAUACCUAAGCUUGCAGGAGCAACUCACAGAUGUGGAGAAACUGCAGGGCAAGCUGCUAGAAGAAAUAGAGUUUCUAGAAGGAGCUGAAGGAGUGGAUCAUCCUUCUCAUACUCUACAACACAGGUAUUCUGAACACACUCAACUACAGACUCAGCAAAGGGCUGUUCAGGAAGCAAUCCAGGUGAAACUGAAUGAAUUUGAACAAUGGAUAACACAUUAUCAGGCUGCAUUCAAUAAUUUAGAAGCAACACAGCUGGCAAGUUUGCUUCAGGAGAUAAGCACACAAAUGGAUCUUGGUCCUCCAAGCUAUGUGCCAGCUACAGCCUUUCUGCAGAAUGCUGGGCAAGCCCACUUGAUCAGCCAGUGCGAGCAGCUGGAGGGGGAAGUUGGUGCUCUUCUGCAGCAGAGGCGCUCUGUGCUGCGGGGCUGUCUAGAACAGCUGCAUCACUAUGCCACUGUUGCUCUGCAAUAUCCAAAGGCCAUAUUUCAGAAACAUCGAAUUGAACAGUGGAAGACUUGGAUGGAAGAGCUCAUCUGUAACACCACAGUAGAGCGCUGUCAAGAAUUGUAUAGGAAAUAUGAAUUGCAGUAUGCUCCCCAACCACCCCCAACAGUGUGCCAGUUCAUUACAGCCACUGAAAUGACUCUGCAGCGUUAUGCAGCAGACAUAAACAGCAGACUUAUUAGACAAGUAGAACGCUUGAAACAAGAAGCUGUCACUGUGCCUGUUUGUGAAGACCAAUUGAAAGAAAUUGAGCGUUGCAUUAAAGUUUUCCUUCAUGAGAACGGAGAAGAAGGAUCAUUGAGUCUAGCAAGUGUAAUUAUUUCCGCCCUUUGUACCCUUACAAGGCGUAAUUUGAUGAUGGAAGGUGCAGCCUCAAGUGCUGGAGAACAACUGGUUGAUCUAACUUCUCGAGAUGGAGCCUGGUUCUUGGAGGAGCUUUGCAGUAUGAGCGGAAAUGUCACAUGUUUGGUACAGUUAUUGAAACAGUGCCACCUGGUGCCACAGGACUUAGACAUCCCAAAUCCCAUGGAGGCAUCUGAAGCUGUUCACUUAGCUAAUGGAGUAUACACCUCACUUCAGGAAUUGAAUUCAAAUUUCCGGCAAAUCAUAUUUCCAGAAGCACUUAGAUGUUUAAUGAAAGGAGAAUACACGUUAGAAAAUAUGCUCCAUGAAUUGGACAGUCUUAUUGAGCAGACAACUGAUGGUGUUCCCCUGCAGACAUUAGUUGAAUCCCUUCAAGCUUAUUUAAGAAAUGCGGCUAUGGGACUCGAGGAAGAAACCCAUGCUCAUUAUAUAGAUGUUGCCAGAAUACUUCAUGCUCAAUAUGGUGAAUUAAUCCAGCCAAGAAAUGGUUCAGUUGAUGAAACACCAAAAAUGUCAGCUGGUCAGAUGCUUUUGGUAGCAUUUGAUGGCAUGUUUGCUCAAGUUGAAACUGCUUUUGGUUUGUUAGUUGAAAAGCUGAACAAAAUGGAAAUUCCUGUUGCCUGGCGAAAGAUUGACAUUAUAAGGGAGGCCAGGAGUACCCAAGUAAAUUUUUUUGAUGACGAUAACCACCGGCAAGUUCUAGAAGAGAUUUUCUUUCUAAAAAGACUACAGACAAUUAAGGAGUUCUUCAGACUUUGUGGUACCUUUUCCAAAACAUUGUCAGGAUCAAGUUCACUUGAAGAUCAGAACACUGUAAAUGGACCUGUACAGAUAGUUAAUGUGAAAACUCUUUUUAGAAACUCUUGUUUUAGUGAAGACCAAAUGGCCAAACCUAUAAAAGCAUUCACAGCCGACUUUGUGAGGCAGCUCUUGAUUGGCCUGCCAAACCAAGCCCUGGGACUCACGCUUUGCAGUUUUAUCAGUGCUCUGGGUGUGGACAUCAUUGCUCAAGUAGAAGCAAAGGAUUUUGGUGCCGAAAGCAAAGUUUCUGUUGAUGAUCUGUGUAAGAAAGCAGUGGAACACAACAUCCAGAUCGGGAAGUUCUCUCAGUUGGUCAUGAACCGAGCAACGGUACUGGCAAGUUCUUAUGACACUGCCUGGAAGAAACAUGACUUGGUGCGCAGGCUGGAAACUAGUAUUUCCUCUUGUAAGACAAGUCUGCAGCGGGUUCAGCUGCAUAUUGCCAUGUUUCAAUGGCAACAUGAAGAUCUCCUCAUCAAUAGACCACAAGCCAUGUCAGUCACACCUCCCCCUCGGUCCGCCAUCCUAACCAGCAUGAAAAAGAAACUCCAUACUCUGAGCCAGAUUGAAACCUCAAUAGCAACAGUGCAGGAGAAACUAGCAGCCCUUGAAGCAAGUAUCGAACAGCGACUCAAGUGGGCAGGUGGUGCCAACCCUGCUUUGGCACCUGUACUGCAAGAUUUUGAAGCAACAAUAGCUGAAAGAAGAAAUCUUGUCCUUAAAGAAAGCCAAAGAGCAAGUCAGGUCACUUUCCUCUGCAGUAAUAUCAUUCAUUUUGAAAGUUUACGAACUAGGACUGCAGAAGCCUUAAACCUGGAUGCUGCAUUAUUUGAACUGAUCAAACGAUGUCAGCAAAUGUGUUCAUUUGCAUCACAGUUUAACAGUUCAGUCUCAGAUUUAGAACUUCGUUUAUUACAGAGAGUGGACACUAGUCUAGAACACCCUAUUGGCAGCUCUGAAUGGCUUUUAUCAGCACACAAGCAAUUGACCCAGGAUAUGUCUACUCAGAGGGCAAUUCAAACAGAGAAAGAACAACAAAUAGAAACAGUCUGUGAAACAAUUCAGAAUCUGGUUGAUAAUAUAAAGACUGUGCUAACAGGUCAUAACCGGCAACUUGGAGAUGUUAAACAUCUUCUGAAAGCAAUGGCUAAGGAUGAAGAAGCUGCUCUGGCAGAUGGUGAAGAUGUUCCCUAUGAAAAUAGUGUUAGGCAGUUCUUGGGUGAAUAUAAAUCAUGGCAAGACAACAUUCAGACAGUGCUGUUUACAUUAGUUCAAGCUAUGGGUCAGGUUCGAAGUCAAGAACAUGUUGAAAUGCUCCAAGAAAUAACUCCCACCUUGAAAGAGCUAAAAACACAAAGUCAGAGUAUCUAUAAUAAUUUAGUGAGUUUUGCAUCACCUUUAGUCACCGAUGCAACAAAUGAAUGUUCUAGUCCAACGUCAUCUGCUACUUAUCAGCCAUCCUUUGCUGCAGCAGUCCGGAGCAAUACUGGCCAGAAGACUCAGCCUGAUGUCAUGUCACAGAAUGCUAAAAAGCUGAUUCAGAAAAAUCUUGCUACAUCAGCAGAUACUCCACCAAGCACUGUUCCAGGAACUGGCAAGAGUGUUGCUUGUAGUCCUAAAAAGGCUGUCAGAGACCCUAAAACUGGAAAAGCUGUGCAGGAGAGAAAUUCAUAUGCAGUCAGUGUGUGGAAGAGAGUGAAAGCCAAGCUAGAGGGCCGAGAUGUUGAUCCAAAUAGAAGGAUGUCAGUUGCUGAACAGAGUGUGAGAACCAGAACAUCAGUGUGGCACAUGGUAUGUCUGGACCGCAUGCUUAAAAGAGUCCAAGACUACCCACUGCACCACCUCCUGGGCCCUUCCAAGUAUAUUUUACUUGGAAAGUUUUUCGGGUUGACUAUGUCAUUAAGGAGGCAACUAAUCUAGAUAACUUGGCUCAGCUGUAUGAAGGUUGGACAGCCUGGGUGUGAAUGGCAAGACAGUAGAUGAGUCUGGUUAAGUGAGGUCAGACAUCCACCAGAAUCAACUCAGCCUCAGGCAUCCAAAGCCACACCACAGUCGGUGGUGAUGCAACUGGGGGCUUACUCUGAGGAAACCUAGGAAAUCUCGGUGACUAGGAAGUGAAUCCUGCAGGACAGCUGCACUCAGGGAUACGCCCAACACCAUGGCCUGCAACCCCAAGGUCAAGGGUGGAAGAAAGAAAGCUCACCGCCUGAACACGGAGAUUGCCUUUCUGCCACAGAACAGCUGCAAACGUGUCAGGAGGUUAGCUGCAGAAAGAAAUCGGGAUGCCACGGAGGACAGAGUGACUUGGAACUCCAUUCCACCUGACCCUGUGUGUACACUCCAGGAAAAACCCCGCUCAGAAACAGAAAACGGGCCGAGAGGAAACCACAGCCACGGAAGAUUUGAUGCAUUCAGGUUCUCGUGUAACACUUGUUGCUUGGCAGAAAGCUGGUUGGGUUGACCAGUUAGCACAACAAAAGCUAUGAGACAUGAAUUUCAGAAAUGGACUGAAAAUGGAGAGCGGUGUAACAGAUACACUACAUUGAAAGAACUUCUGAAAUGAAGGGAAAAAUAAAAACCCAUUUCCUCCUACCCAAUUCUCCACUCCCUAUCCAUCCCCCUUUUUACCUGAUCUAGAUUAGUCAUCUUUCAAAUUCACUUUUAUUUCAAUCCUUACAUUUCUUUUUCUGUCUCAGUGCUAUCAACAACUUGUAUUUGGAGUAAGGAACAGAAAUUUCUCCAAAACCACCAAGAACAUCAAAAAACUCAAGGAUUGUUUAAAGGUCUGAUGAUCAAAUACAAAAUAUAAUUCUGGUUAUUUAAGUCAUUUCUGUGAUUCUAUCAUGUACAGUUUCCAGAAUUGUCACUGUGCAUUCAAAAGUAAUGAAUCUAACAGUCAUUUGAUUUAAUGUACACUUCCUUUUGCUUAGUGUGCAUUUUUUGAAGGUCAAAUUUUCCCCUCUUCUGUGAUUGCUGUAGUUUCUUGCAUAAAAAGUAGCUAAUCCAAUGUAAUCUUUUACCUUUUUACAAACCAGGAUAGAGUACCUAUAGAGUUUUACAUUGUUGAUGACAGAUUAACAAUAAAGUGAUGUUCUGGUGGAGGUAGAGUGAAAUGUUUUUUUAAUUCAGUUUACUCACUUGAUAUUUUUUAUUUAUAAGUGUUUUAGUUCGCCAGGCAUUUUAGUACAAGAACAUGAACCAUCAGCAGAAAGUUAAGAAUCACUAACAUUUUUUGUGAGGUUCUUUUAUUAAUCUUUGAGUACUUUACUUUUUGCACAGUUUUAAUAGUUUGCUGUUCAGUAGUACAUUUUAGUGUAUUUAUUCAUGAUCAGAGUUCCCUUUAAAUCAGCAUUGCAUUAUACUUAACUGUUCAAAUGUGGAUCCAAACAAAAUUGCAGACAAGGAUUCUUUAAAAUCACGCAGCAAAUCCCAAGUAAAAUCUUGAUUAUGUUUUUCCUCCACUUUGAAGGCUAGAGUUGUGAUUGCUUUCUGAUUACCAGUUACUUGUCCCCGGUAAACCUAACAGGUAUGAAGGGGAAAAAUUCACAUAGCCCUGCCUUUUUUUUUUUUCCCCCCCAUCUCCCAUUGCCACAUUAAUCCGUUAUCUUUAAGGGAGAAUGCAUUUCAGUCAGUAUCAGUGCUUUUUAAACACGAAGUAUUUUUAAAAAGGUGGAAUUUUUUAAUACUGAUAUGUCUAAAACCAAGUUAAGGAACUUUAUGCAUCAAAUUUUAUUUUCUUCAUUUGAAGCCUUAGUUUCACAAUCAAAACAACCUAGCUAGAAUAAUAAUGCCACAUUGUUUUGCACUCUGCUUUAUUUCUUAAAGAAGUUUUGGGAACCAUUACAUUCAUCACUUGAUUACUUCUGCAUUCUCAAAAGCAGUCUUUUCAGCAACAUUCUUUUGUCACAGGGGAAAACUUUUUUUAAAAAAUAUUUUAGUUAUUGAUUGAUGAGAAAGAUAAGAGAGAAAGAACCAGACAUCACUCUGGUACAUGUGCCGCCAGGAAUUGAUCUCAGGACCUCAUGCUUGAGAGUCCAGUGCUUUAUCCACUGCACCACUUCCCAGAUCACAGGGGAAAACUUUUACCACAAUGAUAAAACCAGUUCACACUAGAUUGUCCCUGUAGGUGGUAUUCAAUAUCUCUUCCUCUUUUGGUAAAGAAGAUAUAUGGGUAAAUUUUAUUGCCUAUGAAUUUCAGGCUUCAGUGGUACCUGGCACCUUAUCUAAGCAAAAACAAGGCAGCUGUACAUAAAAGAACAUGUGCCUCUGGUAAAUUAUCCAUUGCUUUUCUUUUCAAAUGGUUCCUCAGAAUAGUGUGGCAUAUGCAUAUUUGGUUUCUGGGCAAAUAAUGAAUAACAGGUGACUUCAAAGCUUGCUCUCUGCUGCAUUCUGGACAGUAAAACCCCAUUCUUUAUAGUUUAGUUUUGUCUGGAAAGUGAUUUGGCAAGUGGCCUUGUGGUUUUGAACUAUUGUUAUAGACCUCAACAGAAAGUUUAUUAGUGUUACAAGAUCCAGUUGAUAGAACAGAAGAUGGCUGCAUUUUGGGGAUUAUCUUGUAAAAUAAUGUAAAAUGUAGAGUGCUGUAACUGGGAAGUCAUGCUUUUUUUUUUUUUUUUUUUAAUCACAUACCUGUGGAAAACCACGGAAUCUGCUCCUUUAUUUUCUUUUAAGAUUUAUUGAGUACAGAAUGACCUACAAACAACCUUUUAUUUAGAGUACUCAUGGACAUUGAAAUGUACCUUAAGUGUUGUCUUUAAUUUGCUAGAAUUGUCUGAAUUUUAGUCGCCUUCUUUACAAAGCAUCGCAGGCUUGUUCAUGGAACUCUUUCUUCGGUACAUCAUACAGUAUCAUUUCUGGUCAUAAAUUAUUGAGUUUGCUGGAUGAUUAUUUUCUUUUGUGUCUUAUGCUUGUGGUAAACAGUUUUUCAGAUUUGUGAGAUUUCUGUGUGAAAACUGAUAAUCACGCUCUUGAUCUGCUUCCCUAAAUAUAUUGCCCAAACCCCAGGUUCAGGGGGAAGGUUUGUUAUACAUAAAGAAAAACUUCCAUCACUUCUAUCCUCACCUAAACUUUGCCAUUUUCUUAAUAUUGUCUAGUGUUUGGUGUUAUCUGCAUUGUUUUUUAAUUGUGGUUGUUCUGAUGUGUGAAAUUUAAGGAAAGAGCCAUUUAAAAAAUGCCGAGCAGGGCAAUGCAAGUACAGCCAAAUAUGAGUUGAUGUGCAAUCUUCGGUCCUUUUAAAUCGGGGGUAUAAAUAGGCAGUACUUCAAAAUGAAAAGUCUUCCGAGCCUAUUUUCCCCCACAUAUUUGUAAUCCCUCUGGGGGCUCACUUGCCGUGGCUGUACUAAAAUCAAAGGAGCUGGUUCUUCUUUUCUCCCAGUUCUUUUCAUACUGAAGCGCCUGCAAAAUCCUGUUACGUUUAUAUACAUCAAAAUCAAUGUUUUACCGUUAACACAUUUAUGUGUCCUGUCCACAAAAUCCGAUGACGAUGAAAACCAAUGAACUUCCAUUCUAUAAUUUGUUGAGCUUGUAAAAUGCCAGUAAUUUCGAGUUAGAAUCCCUAUCUAAAAUUGAAGAAACAGCAUAUGUUAAUGCUAGGGUCACUACUUAAAAUAGAACUUGUUUUCAGUAUUUGAGUUGUAUUAAAAAGGCUUCAGUAGGGAAGACACUAACAUUAUAAAACCCCUUAACAUUGAGGUAGGUAGGGGACAUUCAGUGUGUUAUAAACCCUUAGGGCUUGUACUUUUUCUGCUUUCUUGGCCUGGAUAACCAUUUUCAUCAACCUUGUUUACGAAAGAGCAAAUGAGCAUCAAAGGUUUGUUGUACACCAUGAACCACUUAAGAGUCUCAUGCUUUCUUUGAGGAACUGGAUUGAAAACUGGGAAAAGCUGUCGUGCUAAUGAAAAAAUGGCAUUCAACUAGCUAAACAUUCCAAGAUGGUAAACUCAAGGAACUGCAUGUUACUCUGUAGAAUGUUCUCCCUUUAAAACAGGCUGUUUUGUCUUUCUUGCUUUUUUUCUGGCAGUUCCAAGUUCCAGCACCUAUUCAAAAAUCUGUGUUCAGUAUCUUUCUGGUUUGAAUUUCCCUUGUAUUUCCAUCUGUAAUGUCAGUGGCAAUGACAUCAUAUUUCACUUGUUAAUUUACCCUAAUUAUAAGAGCAAAUUGAACUGAAUCUUCCUUGUCCUAGUACCUUGUAUAAAGUGGCUUCUCUGUUUUAAAAAAAAAAAGGUUGUAAUGCUUCCUGAUGGAUAUAAUUUUGAUUGUAUUUACAAUUAAAAGUUGAAUAAAUCACACCAGCUUCCUGAAAA